GCACCGCCCCCUAAGCAGGGCGGGAGAUUCGGUGUGCAGCGCACAGGUCUCCCAUCCCCCAGACGGCCUCCGGGGGUCUUUGCAUUUACCUGCACUUGCGCGGUUUAAGAGAAGUUGGCUUCUCGUGCAGUGGGUAGUCUCCUUAUCUGCGGCAACGAUUCAACAGAAUUCUGUGCGUCAGUCGUGAAGUGGCGGGAGCCGCUCCUAUUUGAGACCAAGCGGGGCUUUGGGCUUCGGAGUAGCCUGCCUCUCUUUUCUGCUUAGCUUGGAGCUUGUGAGGUGACUCUGUCUGCAUUUUUCAGCUGCAGAACAUGUAGUAGCUUAAAAGGUUGGCCAUGAUGAAUAAACUGGAAUUAAAGGAAGACAAGAUGCUGGAGGUUCAAUUUGUGGGAGAUGAUGAUGUUCUUAAUCACAUUCUUGAUAGGGAAGGAGGUACUAAAUUAAAGAAGGAGAGAGCUCAGCUUUUAGUCAACCCCCAAAAAAUAAUAAAGAAGCCAGAAUAUGAGUUGGAGGAAAAUGAUGAAGAAGUCUUAAAGGAUCAGAACUAUGUGGAAGUUUUGGGAAGAAAUGUUCAAGAAUCCUUGAAAAAUGGCUCUGCUACAGAUGUUAGAAAUAAAGUUUAUGCUUUUCAGAGUAGAAAACAUUCUGAAAAGAUGGCUAAGUUAGCUUCAGAACUAGCAAAAACAACAAGAAAAUGUGUUUCAUUCAGUUUGAAAAAUGAUGCUGAAGAUACAAUAAACAUUCCUCAAAGUAGCAAGGGGCAUUCUGCUUCAGACAAAGUCCAGCUGAAGAACAGUGACCAAAAUGAAUUUCUGUCAACACCACCUCGUAGUCUAAGAAAAAGAUUAAUAGUGCCAAGGUCUCAUUCUGACAGUGAAAGUGAAUAUUCUGCUUCCAACUCAGAGGAUGAUGAAGGAGUUGCACAAGAGUAUGAAGAGUCCACUAAUGCAGUCACAUUCAGACAAAAGAUUGAAGCUCAGAAUACAGUAGUUUCGGCUUCUGUUUGCAAAGGAACACCUUCUAAGAAAAUGAAAAGAGAUAAAAGAAAUGACUUAGUAGAAGAAUAUUUUGAAGCUCACAGCAGUUCAAAAGUUUUAACCUCUGAUAGAACACUGCAGAAGUUAAAGAAAGCAAAACUGGACCAGCAAACUCUGCGUAACUUAUUGAGCAAGGUUUCUCCUUCCUUUUCUGCUGAACUUAAACAAUUAAAUCAACAAUAUGAGAAAUUAUUUCAUAAAUGGAUGCUGCAGUUACACCUUGGGUUCAACAUUGUGCUUUAUGGUUUGGGUUCUAAGAGAGAUUUACUAGAAAGGUUUCGAACCACCAUGCUGCAAGAUUCCAUUCAUGUUGUCAUCAAUGGCUUCUUUCCUGGAAUCAGUGUGAAAUCAAUCUUGAAUUCUAUAACAGAAGAAGUCCUUGAUCAUAUGGGUACUUUCCGAAGUGUACUGGACCAACUAGACUGGAUAAUAAACAAAUUUAAAGAAGAUUCUUCCUUGAAACUCUUCCUUCUUAUCCACAAUCUGGAUAGCCAGAUGUUGAGAGGAGAAAAGAGCCAGCAAAUUAUUGGACAGUUGUCAUCUUUGCAUAACAUAUACCUUAUAGCAUCUAUUGAUCAUCUCAACGCACCUCUCAUGUGGGAUCAUGCAAAGCAAAGUCUUUAUAAUUGGCUCUGGUAUGAAACUACUACAUAUAGUCCUUAUACUGAAGAAACCUCUUAUGAGAAUUCUCUUCUGGUUAAACAAUCUGGAUCUCUGCCACUUAGUUCCCUGACACAUGUGUUACGAAGCCUUACCCCUAAUGCAAGGGGGAUUUUCAGGCUACUAAUAAAGUAUCAGCUGGAUAACCAGGAUAACCCUUCAUACAUUGGACUUUCUUUUCAAGAUUUUUACCAGCAGUGUCGGGAAGCAUUCCUUGUCAAUAGUGAUUUGACACUCCGAGCCCAGUUAACUGAAUUCAGGGACCACAAACUUAUAAGAACAAAGAAGGGAACUGAUGGAGUAGAAUAUUUGUUAAUUCCUGUUGACAAUGGAACAUUGAUUGAUUUCUUGGAAAAGGAAGAAGAGGAGGCUUGAAGCUAUCUUUUGCUCUUGAAUCUUCCAUUGGAAGGGUUGUUGUACCCAGCUGCCACUCUAGUCGAAAGUGUUGUUUACAUCCAACAUUAGAUUAUUUUUCCAGCAUAUAAUAAAAUUCAACGUUAGGAGAGAAUAUGUCAUCAAUUAGAUCUUUUAAUUAGCCUGGCUGGUGUACCAUCUCUAGUACUAUGCAAGUGGUCCUUGAGUUGCAGAAAAUGUGCCUUUCACUCAUUACCUCUCUGGAGACUUCUUGCUGGAAUGAUCAGUGUGCUCAGGGACUAUUUGGAACUGGAUGCUUUUGAAUUCUUUUCUACUAAAGAUAUUAUUCCUAAUUUUUUGAGGGCCUUUUAACACUCCUGGAGCUGAUUGUAAGUGUGCUUGUUCCAGAGCACAGAAGUACAAAGACAGGCAUCACAGAAGUGUGUUCUUUGUUUCGGAACAGAUGAGUGGAGACAAUAGAUCAUUUCUUGCUCUUUGUGAAAUAAUUUAAGAAAAGGUCUGGGGGAGAAGAAGUAGGUGAUCUGCCUUUCUCCUUUUGAAUUUAGGCUACAUACUUGGUAGGGGGGUAAUACUAUUCAGUUGGGAAAGUGAGAUAAGCAUAAGGACGAUAUAGGGUAUAUACCCAACUUAGAAAACACAUCAACUAUAGAUCUUAUUUGGAAAAGUCAUUAUCUUAGCCAUGACCUUGACCUUAAUAAUACAAGUGAGAAACCAGGCUAAAGAAACUGAAUCCUGACUUAGUUAUUGUUUUCAGAACACAAAAUAAAACACUUCAUUAUUCUUGUAUAUUGACAAUAGUGUAUUAGUGGUUGGCUGAAAAUGUUGGUUUCUCUGUCAAGUAGACAUUAAUCUCACUGUAAGAUACUUCCAUUUUUUGUUAAAGUGACAAUUUCAAGCCUCCUAGAUAUUUAAAAAGCUUUUCUUAUUAUCUAUAAGCUGACAACAGUGGUCAAGCUUAGCUUAUAGAUUAUACAAACCCCCUGAAAUAUGUCACACCUGAAAAUGAAAUUCAUUUAAAUAUCAUUGUAAUAAAGUCUUCAGUGCAUCAGUUUUUCUUAUUUCUUAUCCUGUAAACCUUUUCCAUGAAAAUAUUUCCAGAAAUAUUUGGAAGUUUUUUCAUAUAAUUAAUUUCAUGUUAAGUCCACUUAUUAAGGAUUUAGUCUCAUAAUAACUACUAACCAAAAUUUAUACCUGAAUAUGAGAUUAAAUAAUUUAAUAGUACCAAAGGAUAUUCAAUGAAAGUGAAUUUCUUUCCCAUUUCCUAAUCCCUGGUCCUUUAGGUAACCACUGAUAGCAGUUAACUUAAGUAUUCUUCCAGAGGUAAUCUAUGCACAUGUAACAAUAUGUCUUUCUCUUUCAAAAACAUAAUGGUAACUAAUGUACUUGCUGGUUUGCACCUUGCUUUUUUGCUUAAUAUAUCUAGUUUUGACAACUGUUAACAGUAUAAAAACUAUAUAAAACCUUUAAUAAUCUAAUGUGCAAAUUUUUGCAUUUGCCUUUAAAUAUCUACUGGUUUAUUUUUGUAAUUUUUGUGUUUAUACUAUUUGCAAGCAGUAUGUGUCAAUAGAAUUUACUAUUAAUAAAAAGCCAAUUUGGAUAGAAUCACCUUUUUAAA